AUGAAUAAGCAUCAGAAGCCAGUGCUAACAGGCCAGCGUUUCAAAACUCGGAAAAGGGAUGAAAAAGAGAAAUUCGAACCCACAGUCUUCAGGGACACACUCAUCCAGGGACUUAAUGAAGCUGGUGAUGACCUUGAAGCUGUAGCCAAGUUUCUGGACUCUACAGGCUCAAGAUUAGAUUAUCGUCGCUAUGCAGACACACUCUUUGAUAUCCUGGUGGCUGGCAGUAUGCUCGCCCCUGGAGGAACACGCAUAGAUGAUGGUGACAAGACCAAGAUGACCAACCACUGUGUGUUUUCAGCAAAUGAAGAUCACGAAACCAUCCGAAACUAUGCUCAGGUCUUCAAUAAACUCAUCAGGAGAUAUAAGUAUUUGGAAAAGGCAUUUGAGGAUGAAAUGAAAAAGCUUCUCCUCUUCCUUAAAGCCUUUUCUGAAGCAGAGCAGACAAAGUUGGCAAUGCUGUCUGGGAUUCUGCUGGGCAAUGGCACCCUUCCUGCCAACAUCCUCACCAGUCUAUUCACUGACAGCUUAGUCAAAGAAGGCAUUGCAGCCUCAUUUGCUGUCAAGCUUUUUAAAGCAUGGAUGGCAGAAAAAGAUGCCAACUCUGUUACCUCCUCUUUGAGAAAAGCCAACUUAGACAAGAGGCUACUUGAGCUCUUUCCAGUUAACAGACAGAGCGUGGAUCAUUUUGCUCAGUACUUCACUGACGCAGGUCUUAAGGAGCUCUCCGACUUCCUCCGAGUCCAGCAAUGCCCGAUCAAGGAGGUGGUGCUCUAUGUUAAAGAAGAAAUGAAGAGGAAUGAUCUUCCAGAAACAGCAGUGAUUGGACUGCUGUGGACCUGUAUAAUGAACGCUGUGGAAUGGAACAAGAAGGAAGAGCUCGUUGCCGAGCAAGCCCUCAAGCAUCUGAAGCAAUACGCUCCACUCCUGGCUGUGUUCAGCUCCCAAGGCCAGUCAGAGCUGAUCCUCCUCCAGAAGGUGCAAGAGUACUGUUAUGACAACAUCCAUUUCAUGAAAGCCUUUCAGAAGAUCGUGGUUCUUUUCUAUAAAG